AUGGCCCAGCACCUCGACCCCAUCGUCGUCGUCGGCGCCGGCGUCUUCGGGCUCUCCAUCGCCCUCGAGCUCCGGCAACGCGGACACACCAACAUCACCGUCAUCGACCGCAUGCUCCCGCCCGUCGCCGACGGCAGCAGCAACGACGCCAACCGCAUCAUCCGCCCGGACUACGUCGACCCCUUCUACGCCCGCAUCGCCACCGAGGCCGUCCGCGAGUGGAACGCCGGCGACCUCUACCGCCCGCACUACCACCAGGCCGGCUUCGCCCUCGUCUCCGAGACCGAGCCCGGCCGCGACGAGUUCCUCGAGAGGGGCAAGCGCGCCAUCGAGCGCCAGGGGAACCGGUACGUCGAGUUCGCCACCACCGACGAGCUCCGCCGGCUGAGGCCCGAGCUGCGCGACAUGACGUUCCCCUUCUCGGGCUACAUCAGCAAAAACGCCGGCUGGGCGGAUGCCGCCGGCGCCGUCCGGGCCGUCGCCGCGCGGUGCAGCGAGCUCGGCAUCGCCUUCGUCACGGGGCCCAGGGGCACCAUGACCUCACUCAAGACGGACGCCGGCCACUCGCGCGUCGUGGGCGUCAACGUCGCCGCGGGCCCGCCGCUGCUCGCCGCCAAGGUGAUCCUUGCGACGGGCGCCUGGACGAACCACUACGUCGACCUCGGCCACGCCAUCACCUCGUCGGCCCAGCCCGUCGGCUUCAUCCAGCUCACCCCGGAAGAGGCCCUGAAGCUGGCGGACAUGCCCGUGGUGGACAACAUGACGUCGGGCAUCUUUGUGUUCCCGCCGACGCCGGGGACGAACCUGCUCAAGAUCGCCCGGCACGGACACGGCUUCGAGAACAGAAUUCCAGCGGUGGCCGCCGCGUCGUCGUCCGCGUCGUCGUCGGGGGGUGGUGGCGACAGGCGUGUUUCGGCGCCGAGGCACGACGCGAACAAUGCUGCGGCGUCUUGGAUCCCGGAAGACGCCGAGGCGGCGUUCCGCGGCGCGCUGAAGCAGCUGGUUCCCCUGGCGGCCGAGAAGCCAUGGUCACGGCUGCGGCUGUGCUGGUAUACAGAGACGAGGGACGGCAACUUCAUCGCGGACCAUCAUCCGGACUAUCAGGGGCUCUUUAUCCUUACCGGAGGGUCUGGACACGGCUUCAAAUUCCUCCCCGUUCUCGGUCGCUACACUGCCGAUUGCUUCGAGGGAGUGGCGGCCCCCGAGGUGCAGGCGAAGUGGAAGCUGAGCAGGGACUUCACGGCUCGGGACCCUGUCGUGUGCAACGACGGGAGCCGACGAGGCCCUUUGAGGCGGGAACUGACGCUGGAGGAGAGGGCGAAGCUGUGA